AUGAAGAAUUCUCUACCUUCAAUGAGAUACAGGGGAAAAGUUCACUCAUGCGCACCUCCAAAUGUUCUGCUAAAGGGAACUAUUUCUCGAUUUUAUUCUUCUGAUAUGGAGGUAGCUAGACCUCCUAAUUCAGCUUCAUUGUUGGAUAUAACACAUGUGCACUUGGUACCUAGCUCUUGGCCUCGAAAAAGGAUACGCCCAUUAGGCUUUGAGAUUGACCAAGGAUACUCCUAUAGUUCAUCAAAUGCAAGGUUUUGCUCUUUUGAUUGGAGGCAUAAAAGAAGGAAGCUUAGGAUUGAUAUCUGGGAUGCAAAAUGGGAGUUCACUAUUGGGGUUUCAAAUGGAGGAAGUCUUGAACUUAGGCCUAAAACGGAUGCGGGGAAUAGUUCCCCUUCUUUAUGUGCUGUUAAUACAGUAGCAAGUUUAUUUCAGACUACAACGCCUUCUUUUGUGACUGGAAUAGAUGCUGAAGGCCAAAGUGGGGGCCUUGUUGUUUUAGGUUGGGGUGGUUUAGCUAUCUCUUGUGUUAGUAAGACUCCUAAUUUUGUACACUGUGAUUUUAAUCAACUUGAACUACUUGAGGAUAAGUUAGGUGGCACAUCAAGUAUAAGGGGUAGUGAUGUUUUUUCUAACUGGAAGUUACAGAAUCACCUAUUAGAUGUUCCAUUCUCAGAGCCACGAUAUACUUGGACUAACAAAAGGCUCACUCAAGGUCUUAUUUUGGAGCGUUUAGAUAUGGGUUAUAUGUCAAAUGAUUGGUUUUACAACUUUCCGGCAAGUCGGAUUAUAAACCAACCAUUAGUUGCUUCUGAUCAUGCAGCUAUUGUUUUUGACAAUGAUGCUUUCACAAGGAUAGCAAAACGACCAUAUCAAGUGGAAAAUUGGUGUCUUCAUUUUCAAGAUAUUCGAACCAUUAUCGAAGAGAAAUGGAAGAAGCCAAUUGCAGGGUCACCUAUGUACUAUCUAACUAGGAAGUUAGUUGCUUUAAGGGGACGUUUGCGGCACUGGUGUUUGAAAAACACCAAACUUUGGGGAGUCAAUUGGAAGGUUUUGACUUCUGAGUUAGAGCUAGACAGCUUGGCCGCCACAAAUAUUCCCCUUGCUCAUUCGUACCUUAAUCAUGUUGAGGAGGCCUUAACUACUGCUGCCUUAAAUGUGACAUAUUGGAAGCAAAGGAUGGAGGAAACAUGGGAGGCAACGGGGGACAUUCCAACAUCCUUACUUUAUUCAAGGGUUAAGAUGCGCCAAUGCGGGAAUCAAGUUUUGACUCUUAAGGAUGAUUCGGGCACAUGGAUUGAGGAUCGACAACAGGUUAGGGAUCUGGUGGUUGAUUCAAUGACAAAGGUCUUGUGUCCCCAACAAGGGACAAAUUCUGCUGCUCACACUGAUGCACUAUUAAGGGAGUUAGAUAUUCCAACUAUGAGUGACAGACAGGUUGCUAUCUUAACCAGACCCUUUUCUGCAGAUGAGAUCCUUAGGGCAAUGUUUAGUUUAAAUGGGGAUAAAUGUCCGGGUCCAGAUGGUUUCACGGCGGCCUUUUUCCAGAAACAUUGGGAUACAUUGGGAAAGUCAGUAAUUCUUGCAGUGCAGAGUUUCUUCAACAUAGGGUUUAUACUUAGGGAGUGGAACCACUCAAUUUUAGUUAUGAUACCAAAGGUUGAAAUUCCAGAGGUCACAGCGAAUCUUAGACCAAUCAAUCUUUGCAAUACGGUCUACAAAUACGUCUCUAAAUGUUUAGUUAAUCGUUUGAAGAAAGCUUUGCCGGAUCUCAUUUCACAGUCUCAACAUGCUUUUAUAACAGGAUGA